AGCUGAAAAAGAAAAACAGACACAACGACGACGACGAACGCACAAACAGAUGUGUACCUGAAAAUAAACCGACUAUAUCGGUGACACCGUUACUUGUUGGAAAUUUGUUGUCUUUCGAACCAAGUCGAAAAGUCUUAUUUGGUUCCGAACAAGGGACUCAUACUGUACAAUGGGGCGUAUUUUUUUGGACCACAUUGGGGGUACACGCCUCUUUUCCUGUGCCAAUUGUGAUACAAUCCUAACUAAUCGAUCUGAGCUCAUAUCCACUCGCUUCACCGGAGCAACUGGGAGAGCCUUUCUCUUCAAUAAGGUGGUGAACCUCCAGUACAGUGAGGUGCAGGACAGAGUGAUGCUAACUGGCAGACACAUGGUGAGGGAUGUAAGCUGCAAGAACUGCAACAGCAAACUGGGCUGGAUAUAUGAGUUUGCUACCGAGGAUAGCCAACGUUACAAGGAGGGCCGUGUCAUCCUUGAAAGAGCAUUGGUCAGAGAGAGUGAGGGUUUCGAAGAGCACAUCCCCUCAGAUAAUUCAUGAGCCCAAACUUUGCUUAACUCGUAUGGCCAAUCUCAAUCCAUUAUCCUCCCUUCUCUUCCUUUCCCUCUUGCCUCUAUGCUGCACACCACCAUCUGCAGACUUAGAGGUCAGUGAUGUUUUGGCUCUGCCUUUUAUCUCUGACCUAUGACUUUAGACCUCUGCUGAUUGGAAGAUUCAUUAUCUGGAUCUAUUCUAACUGAGUAGGCUUCCCCAAAAUCUCUUACAUGGAACCCCCCUAAAAAGCUGGGGAAAUAGAUCGGAAGUCUGACUUCACCUGUUAAAGUGUUCAUGCAUGCUCACUCCAAAUAUUCAACACCACUGCACAAGGCAUGCACCACACAUUCUCACAUGUACUCAAAUGCAUCCGUGAUAGCACAUGAAAAAUUGCCUCUGUGUUUUUUGGAAUACUUGAAGCAGGACACUUGAAAAAGAAUGUCUUCAGCCAAAAAAACAGACAUGGGCAAAUUAACUAGCCUUCCUCAUACAACAGUUUUACCUUAGAUAUACCAUGUACAUGCUGUCUUAUAUAUAAGGCUUUUGUUGGGCUUAUGCUUCUGUGUUGUGAGCUUUGUCUAUGUGUGAAUGUUUGUUAUUGGUGAGCACUGAAUGCUCUUAAGACCAUGCUAGCAGUCAUUUCCAUAGAAGUCACCUAUUUUAUGGUAGUCCCAAGGAGGAGUGUAACAUGGUUAAAAUUAAAUUUCCGCUUCAAUUGAUACGAGAUAAAAUCUGAAAUUUCAAAUUCACACACUUGUGUUUUUUGCGAAAAAAAAUUCUUAAGGUUAUCAUCUAAAUAUGAUUCUUAAUAUCCAAGCUGAGUUUGAUUGACAUGACUUUAUUAAGGUGCGCAUAUAAUGGCCUAAGUAUUCCAUCAUUACUGUUUACAUUCAGUCUACUGAAGUGCCACUCUCCCUCCUAGCUGUCACUGUGCAUCCCAUAUCUCCAUUCAAUUCUACCACUUGGCAUCCUUCAGUAGGGAUGUUAGCUAUGCCUCAGUGCGUGGGAAAUAUGAAGAGCAACAUGUCACUUUGGUGACUAAUCAGGAUUGUGUAUCUUCUAGCCAUGUGUCUAAGUAUAGGGGAAAGGAAAAGCCUUUGUUUGGGGGGGCUCACACAGACAUGCUUAUUUCCUGGUUGCCAGCAAGUUAAAGGCGAAUAUGUAUUUGAACUGUUCAACCAAAGCCAGCCAACUGGAAUGAAAUGAGGAUUGCUCUCAGUAAUUAGAGUCAAAACUGUUUCUUCUCUUUUGAGCAGGUCAGAGUCUCCAUCAUGUCUGAUCUGUUUUUCCUGCAAAGAUGUCAUCCAAAUUUAAGGUGAUGUCAAUAACUGAUUGAUUUUCACUUUGAGCAUUUUUUGAUAUUUUGUAAUGUUAUUUUUUUAAUAGUUUGGCUUGACUUUCAUGGGGUCAUGUAACAUUCUACACAAGUGGGACAGUCUAAAUUGUCAGUUAACAAAACUAGGUCCAAAGUGGAGAUGUGAUGCUUCUACAGGACACUGGUGAAAUCCUCAUGUCGAAGUCAGCAUGUAAUAGGUGGACAUGGUGAAAUAUCCUGUUAUUGUCAUUUUGUUGUUCAGCUGUAUCAUUUUAUGAAAAGGAUAUGUUGAAUGCAUUACUCUUGUAUUAUUUAACUGACUGAUUUGUUUAUCUUGUUCUAAAUAUUUUUUGAUGGGUAAAAACAAAAGCAAGAAUACUUUUUUUCUCUAUUGGCUUUAGCAGCAUUUCCUCUGUUGUGAUGAUUUCUGAAUAAAGAUGUAGUCUUGCAUACUAUAUGACUGCUCACUUUUGUGAUUGUUUUAGUAGAUUCAUCAUACAACGUUGAAUGUGUGUUUACUUGCAGUUACCUGCGUUUUAUGUUUUGUUAGGGGAACAGUGUGGU